UUUUUUUUAAAUAAAACGAAAGAAAAAGUGCAGUUUAAUUCAUAGAAUUGAUUAAGGAACUGUGUCUUUGAGUAAGAAAAGCAUGACAGCUCUUCUAAUAACCCGAGACAAAAAACAACUUUCGGAAUGGAUCGGCAAAGAUUGUCAUUUCAAACUGCUGUACAAAAUAUCCAGAGACGGGUGUACCCCUCAGAAGUUCCACGAGUUAUGUGACAACAAGGGACCUACGGUGACCAUCUUCUACAACACUGACAAUAAUGUGUACGGAGGAUACGCGUCGGAAAGUUGGAAAAGUGAAGGAGGAUGGUACACCGAUGAAAAUUCGUUUCUAUUCAAACUGUACACAAGCUCAAAAUGGCAGCCCACAAUAUUUCCUUUAAAAGGGGGACAAACAUCGAAUCUUUAUUUUAAUAGCGGUUAUGGCCCAAAGUUCGAAGAUUUGAAGUCUUUUGAGAAUAAGGUCGACAGCACUUUGGGCAGUUUUUCGUUAACUCCAGAUAAUAUGUUCCAAAGCAGAUACUAUGAUUCAAAAAAUGAGGAUGGACACAACAAUGUAACAGACAUGGAGGUGUAUUUGAUAAAAGAUAGACUAACAGUGCCAUGGAGACAGUCACCGGCCUGGGAACAACAGACGCUUCACAACCUGAGAGACUUUAUCAGAUCAUUUUCGCCACUAAAGGAUUCAAAAGUUUCAGAAGUAAACAUUCUUCUUAUUGGUCAAGUUGGUGCCGGAAAAUCAAGUUUGUUGAAUACUUUCAACUCAAUCUUUCGAGGAGAGAUUUCAUCACGUGCCUGGACCGGAAGUGCCCAACACAGUCUUACAACAAGUUUUAACAAACUUCGAGUUCGGGACCAAUCUUCAGGGAAUUUUCUAAAAUUCAGACUGUGUGACACACGAGGAUUAGAAGAAUCUCUUGCAAUUAAGAAUGAGGAUAUUGUCUACAUUCUGGAUGGGAAUCUGCCAAAUAACUACAAGUUCAAUCCUGUGGCUGCGGCAUCAACAGAUAUAAAUGGAUUCCAGAAACACCCAACUCUGAAGGAUAAAAUUCAUGUGGUAGUCUAUGUGCUGAAUGGAAGUACAUUUGAUGUUAUUCCAGAGUGGAUUUUCAAAAAACUCAAAGACAUCAGAGAAAUGAUAAUUGAUAGAGGCAUUCCUUUAUUAGUUUUUGUAACCAAGAUUGAUAAAGUAUGCAGCUCAGUUGAUGAUGACAUACAAGAAGUGUUUCACAGCCAGGUUAUAAAAGAAAUGGUUGACAAGAUUGCUGAGGGCAUCACCAUCCCAAGAGCUCAUGUUCUUCCGGUGAAAAACUACGAGAGGGAGGGAUGUCUUGAGACGGAUAUAAGCAUUUUGGCCUUGAAUGCUUUAAAACAAGCUUUGUUAUUUACCAACGAUUUUUUGGAAAAUCAAUGUGAACUGUUCGAAGAAAGUGCAACUCAGCUGAAUGGAAAGGACUAACUUUCAAAAUAGCAUGUCGCAAAAUAAAUAAACAGAAAGGAUUCCAGGUCUGAUGUAUAAGUAAUUUGUAGUGUAUUUGAACAAUGUACCCAUUAUAUUUUACAAUGGGGUUUUGAAGGUUUUUUUAAUGAUAUAUUAUAUACAUUAUAUUUAUCGUAAUAUUAUUAUUAAUUAGUUAAUAUAAUAUAAUAUCAAUAUAUCAUGUAAUAAAUAAUCCUAAUUGUGCUUGUGGAAAAAUCAAAACAGCAGCACACUUUUUAUUAGAAUGUCCUCUAUAAACUGACUCAAGGAAAAAAAAUUCAUUGACCCAUUAGGACCAGUGUGACAACACACUUUGAAAACAUUACGCACUUUGAAAAAAUAAUUUCAAAGUGCGUUAAAAUUGGGACGAAAUCAACGCACUUUGAAAAAAAUUCAAAGUGCGUUAAAUUUGGGACCAACUCAACGCACUUUGAAAUUUUUUUCUCAAAGUGCGUUAAGAUUUUACAUCAAUAUAUUUUAUCAUGGAGACACUUAACGCACUUUGAAAAAUAUGUAAAAACAAAACAAAAUUCUGGAUUCAGAUUUUAGAAAUGGAAAGAUUAAAUUUGUAAUUUAUCUUUCAAAACACUCAUGCAUUUGAUUUACUCCCGUCGAGAAGAGGAGAAGACGGAUAUAAGAUCUAACGGUCCAAAUCUUUAUCAUUCCAAUACAUAGGCGUCGGUAAAAAAUAAAACGUGGGAGGGGAGUAAUAAACCUUCAAAAGGAUAAGCCGCAUUUUCAAUGCUUAUAUGAUGUAUAUCUUUCCAAACUAAGUGGGAAGCUAACCCCCCUCCUCUUGUCCUUCGCCCGGUUUCGAUGCCUAUGCUAUACCCAAAACAGGUAGUUGUAUGUAUAUGCAUUUACAUAACUUGUAUCAGUAUGACGUAGAAAACUUUCAAUAAAUGAGUCAACGUAUAACAGAUGAAAACUAAAAAAAAAAUGUAAGUACAGUAAAACAUAUGAGAGAGAAAGAAUUUUCAUAACUUUGAAAAAUCAAAUUGACCCCUUUUUCUUAAGAUAAAUUCAAUGCUUUGAGUCGUUCACUUUUAGCACCCCCCUUCACAUCUACCUAUUACAUACUAUAAUAUUUAAACAGAAAUAAAAUAAUGAUAUAAAACAAUUACCUCUCCAUUUUUUCUAAAAGACCAAUUUCCUUUUUAUAACAUUUAUCAAAACAUAAGAUAUUCAAAUAUUCAAUAUCUCAUGUCCUCAAGUGACCUCAUCAUAAAAAAGGUUAUCCAACCGGGGUCAAUUAUUUAUCAUACCGAUUAUUUGUGAGAACAUUGAUCAAGCUUGACAUUUUUUUUUCAAAGUGCGUUAAUAUGGUCGUUAUUAAUG